AUGCCCUCGCUGCUCGCUCUCUCCACCGCCGCUCCCGUCGACAACCUCUCCACCCGCGCCACAUGCUCUUCCUACACCAUCAUCAACACCCGCGGCACCGGCGAGAUCCAAGGCGAAUCCUCCGGCUUCCGCACCAUGAACCGCAACAUCCAGUCCGCAGUCUCAGGCGGCAAAAUCUACAACACCGUCUACGCCGCUGGUUUCUCGCAGAACUCUGCUGCCGGUACCGCUGAUAUCGUCAACAAAGUCCAGUCUACACUUCGCACGAACCCGGAUGAGUGCUUCAUUCUUGAGGGAUACAGUCAGGGUGCUCAGGCGACGGUGAAUGCCAUGUCUCAGCUCACUGGCGCGAACUUCGAUGCUGUCAAGGGUGUUUUCCUUAUUGGUAACCCGGCGCAUAAGAGUGGACUGAGCUGCAAUGUGGAUAACAACGGUGGUACUACGACGAAGAACGUGAAUGGUCUGUCUGCGGCACUGAGCAGGGGCAUUCCGGAUAACUGGCAGGGCAAGACGUUGGAUGUUUGCAUCUUUGUAAGUUAUCCCUUGUUCCGUGAAAAGGGAGAUGGUAGCUAA